AUUGAAGAUUGCAUUCAAAUUAAGGAAAGUCUUGACGUAGUCUAUAUAUUUCCAAUAAUUGUACAUAACUUAUUUCUAUUAUUGACUAUAUUCGAUAAGGCUGGAUUGUUUCCAGCACUUAAUAAAAAAAUGAAACAUAGCCCAAUUUUGAUGAGAAUAUUCAUGUGCAUAGUAUCAUUAUUGCUUUUUCUGCUGUGGUAUAAACUUUACCGCAAAUUUUUGAUAGAACUCGCUGACAUAUCCAACAUGAAAUCUGCAUCAUUCAUAAAAGAGUUAAGUAAAAAAGAAAAAUCAUUUCGACCGAAACUUAACGCAUCAAUAAAAUCAAAGGACUUAAAAUACAUUUUAAUGUGGACGUCACCAAAAAAUGUGCCGUUCGUAUAUCUUGAAGAGGGUCAAAGACGUUUUAUAAAGAAUCGUUGCAAAUUCAAGAACUGUUACGUCACACCAGACAGAUUUUAUUUAGAAGAUUAUACACAAUUCGAUGCUGUUAUUUUUGCGGGACCUGAUCUUGUCACCGAGGACAUUGAUUUGCCUAGUCGACGAUCUGUUAAUCAGAAAUAUGUAUUCGCAAGUAUAGAAUCAUCACAUACUUAUGCCAUAUGUUCUAAAAGAUACGACGGGUUCUUUAACUGGACUUGGACCUAUAGACUUGACUCUGAAUGUAGGUGGGGAUACAUAGUAGUAAAGAAUAAGAAAAACCGAAUAAUAGGUCCAAACAGAAAAGUACCUUGGAUGAAAUUUGAUGAUAUGAAACCGGUCAGUGAAGAGUUUCGGAAAGGGCUAUUGACAAAAACAACAGCAGCUGCUUGGUUUGUUUCCAACUGCCGCACUGCCAGUGGACGUGAGGAUUUUGUACAAAACUUGAUUGUGGAGUUAAAGUUCUACGGGCAUUUUGUGGACACAUACGGACGAUGCGGAAGCCUAAAAUGUCCGAGAGAAGAUCAAAAAAUAUGCGAUGAGAUGAUAAAGCAGAAGUACUAUUUCUAUCUAGCAUUUGAGAAUUCAUUUAGCAUAGAUUAUGUCACUGAAAAAUUGCUUCAUGGUCUUCAAAAUAAUGCCAUACCUGUUGUUUACGGAGGUGCUAAUUAUACGAGGUUUAUGCCAGACGGAAUGUAUUUAGACGCAAGAACACUAGGUCCCAAGAGACUUGCGGACAAAAUGAACGAACUUAUAGGGAAUCCCCACAAAUAUGCUGAAUAUUUUAGAUGGACAAAUCACUACAUAUACGCGAAGAGAAGCGAGAGCGUACUGACUGACGAUUACUGCGGUAUGUGCAAGUUGCUGAAUAAUAAGAAAAUCAUGAAAAGAAAAUCAGUUUACAUGAAUUUCAAGGAAUGGUGGGAUCCACCUAAUGUUUGCUGA